AUGAGGGUUCCUCGAGAACAGCUUUCGCUGCAUUUCCGUAAGCCAGUCAAUCGACCUGGGUUCAAGAGCAUGUCACUAGAAGAAGAAUGGUUCCCCGAUAGACUUGAUUCUCUCUCGCCCAUGUCUUCUCCAUCACACCAGGGCGACAAAGACCAAAAUCCGAGAGCGAAAUCCCCGUACCACACUCCAAGAGCCCCGUCGAAAGAAACGCAAAGGAUCACCAUACCCAAGUUCGUCUCCUUUGCCAAUACAUCGGAGCUCCUCUGUCAUCUGAGCACAAAAAUAAUCGAGAUUAUGAACGAGCGCGAUUAUCAGAACCCUUUCCUCAACUGUCUAUCUGCCGACAUCCUCUGCGGAACCAGCAACUCCGGCAGAACGAAGGUCAUUGCGGCACAUCGCAAGAUGAUAGAUCACAUGCCAGACUAUCGCAACGAGAUCCAGCAUGCCACAUGUACUGUCAACGAUGAUAGCGGAUGUGCAACAGUGGUCAUGACGAUGAAGGUGACUGGCUUCAAAUUUGAUACUUUGCGUCAAAGUAUUGCAAACUUCAGCUGGACCCGGGACGGAGAUCGAUGGGCGUGCGCUGCGUACGGCGUGCUUCGAGGCAUUGAAGAGUUUGAUUGA